AUGGAGCCUGGGAGUGCUACACCUGGAGGAUCUCUCUCCUCACAGCAGCUGCGUGAGUGGUACUUACAGUACUGCAGCCUCAGGAGAGGUGCUUCUGGAGCUAGGAGUGCUGCUGGAGCUGGUGCUAGUGCUUCCCCUCCUAGGCGGGAGCUGCCCUCUCCCCAGCGGCUCCGAGAGUGGUACGCUCGGCGCUGCAGUCUCCGGAGUGGCGCGCCUAGUGUCGCGGACCCUAGUGCUGGAGGUGCUGCUGCUGCUGGCGGUGCUGCUGGCGCUACUGGAGGUGCUGCUGGUGCUGGAGCUGCUGGAGGUGCUGCUGCUGGCGGUGCUGCUGGCGCUGCUGGAGGUACUACUGGUGCUGGAGCUGCUGGAGCUGCUGGAGGUGCUGCUGCUACUGGUGGUGCUGCUGGAGCUGCUGGAGGUGCUACUACUACUGGAGGUGCUGCUGGUGCUGCUGACGCUGCUGGAGGUGCUGCUGGUGCUGGUGGUGCUGCUGGUGCUGCUGGAGCUGCUGGAGGUGCUGCUGGUGCUGGUGCUGCUGGAGCUGCUGGAGGUGCUGCUACUACUGGAGGUACUGCUGGUGCUGUUGGAGCUGCUGGAGGUGCUGCUGCUACUGGCGGUGCUGCUGGCGCUGCUGGAGGUGCUGCUGGUGCUGGUGCUGCUGGAGCUGCUGGAGCCGCUGGUCCUGGGGGUGCUCGUACUGGAGGUACUGGAGGUGUUGGGACUGGGCCUGCUGAGGGGGUUGUCGCUGGAGGUGCUGAGCGGCCUCGGCCGUACUACGUUCCGCUCCUUCAGCAGGUUCUUGGUCCCCCGCCCUCUACUGGUCCUUCUCCUCCCCAACUGAGUCCACCGUCUGUCCAGUCGCAGUUACAGUCUGCCUCUCCGCUGCCUGCCCCUUCUCCUUACACUGCGCCGACGGGUAGUCUUACGGAGCGUCGUGAGCCUGAGUCUCGUCCUCCGUCGCCUGAGUCUCGUCCAGCGCUGUCUGAGUCGCGUCCAGAGUCACCUGUCCGCGCUGUCCGCUCUGGUCGUCGUGCUCCGCGUGAGCGACCUCCUCCUGUCCCUGGCACUCACUAUAUGACUCUGCGUCCUUCCACUGCUCCACAGCGUGUCCCUCUGCCGUCUCCUCCUGCGUCCUCUCUUCCUGCUCUUGCUGACCCGGAGUCUGACUCUCUUCGUGCUGCCAGUCCUACUGUCCUUGCCACUGUUGUCACUGACCCUUCCUUUGAGUCCUAUGCUGCGUCUGCUCUAGUCGCUGAGCUUGUGGACUUUGCUGCCGCCUGUCGUCUAGACUACGCCGCUAGCCUUGUUGCUGAGUCUGAGUCAGUCUGUCCUCCGUCCGUCGGGGGUGAGUGUGCCCUUGGCACGGACGUCCUUGAGGACAGACAGGAGGAGUUUGAGUGCUUUGCCGCUGCUUUGCCUCAUCUCGUGUCCAUGCUAGUUGCCCCUGAGGGAGACCCGGAUGCACCAGACAUCCCGACCUCACGCUCCUACGCAGAGGCGAUGGAGGGUCUCUACUCCUCUCAGUGGCAGACAGCCAUGGACGCAGAGAUGGCUUCCUGGAAGUCCACAGGCACCUACGUCGACGAGGUUCCCCCACCUGGGGCGAACAUCGUCAGUGGCAUGUGGAUUUUCAGGGUGAAGCGGCCGCCGGGUUCUCCGCCUGUCUUCAAGGCGCGUUACGUUGCUCGAGGCUUCAGUCAGCGAGAGGGAGUUGACUUCUUCCAGACCUUCUCCCCGACCCCGAAGAUGACCACUCUUCGGGUUCUGCUGCACGUCGCUGCUCAGCGUGACUACGAGCUCCACUCUCUUGACUUCAGCACUGCGUUCCUACAGGGCAGCCUACACGAGGAGAUCUGGCUGCGCCGCCCACCUGGCUUCACUGGGUCGUUCCCUCCUGGUACCCAGUGGAGCCUCCGGCGGCCAGUCUACGGUCUCCGCCAGGCACCCCGUGAGUGGCACGACACACUGAGGACUACGCUUGCGGCUCUUGGGUUUGCUCCUUCUACUGCUGACCCGUCGCUGUUUCUACGCACCGACACCACUCUGCCGCCGUUCUACGUUCUCGUGUACGUCGACGACUUGGUCUUUGCUACUGCUGACACUGAGGCACUCGCCCACGUGAAGUCGGAGCUGCAGAAGAGACACACGUGCACAGACCUGGGUGAGCUGACAAGCUAUCUUGGCUUGCGGAUCACCCGGGACAGAGCACAGCGCACCAUCACCUUGACUCAGUCACACAUGGUGCAGCAGGUCCUUCAGCGCUUCCGCUUCACGUACUCCUCGCCUCAGCCCACUCCUCUGCCUACUGGUCACUCGCUCUCAGCUCUGCCUUCAGAUGAGUCCGUAGAGCCGAGUGGCCCGUAUCCAGAGCUUGUGGGCUGCCUCAUGUACCUGAUGACCUGCACUCGACCUGACCUUGCAUACCCUCUUAGCAUCCUAGCACGCUAUGUCGCUCCUGGCCGUCACCGGAAGGAGCACAUGGAUGCCGCUAAGAGGGUGUUGCGCUACUUGUGCAAUAUGUCGGGCAUGGGGCUUGUGCUUGGAGGACAGCGCGACGUUGUCCUCACUGGACACUCAGACGCUUCUUGGGCUGACGACCAGGCUACGCAGCGGUCGUCUCAGGGUUACACCUUCAGCCUUGGCUCUGGCUCUGUUUCCUGGCGUUCUACACGCUCUUCCUCUGUUCUCAGCUCCAGUUGUGAGGCUGAGAUCUACGCCACAGCCAUGGCUGCCCAGGAGCUACGCUGGCUCACCUACUUGCUGACCGACCUCGGAGAGCGGCCUCGUUCUCCUCCAGUACUGUACGUCGACAACAAGGCAGCCAUUGCCUUGUGUCAGGAGCACAGACUGGAGCACAGAACGAAGCACAUCGCUCUGCGCUACUUCCUUGCUCGAGAGCUGCAGCAGCGUGGUCAGCUUCGUCUUUCGUACGUGGCCACUCGGGCCAACACUGCUGACGUGUUCACCAAGGCGCUUCAGCCUUGUGAUCAUCAGCGUUUUUGUACUGUUCUAGGCCUUGUGCCUACUGUCCCUCACUUGCUCACUUCUUGA